GCCGGCCCGUCCGUUUCCGAACGAACAGUUAGCGCGCGCAUGCGUUCAGUGUUUGACGUGUGAGUAGUGCAAUUUUUUCGUCCGUCGUUUCAUAACAUCGAUAAAGUGUACCGUGUUUAUAAAUAUUGUAUUGUUUGAUAUAAAAUAACUAACAAAAUGGACAGAAACGAGCGUAAAACGAACUCUCGCAAUCAUUCGAUCACGAUUGACCGUGAUUCUAUGGUGGUACUAAGGAAAAUAAUUGCGGAUUUCAUUAUAUUAUUUUGCGUUGGUUUCCUCAUCUUGGUGUUCUACUUAUGGGGCGCGCCGUACGAGAGAGGCUUCUUCUGCGACGAUGAAUCUCUCAAGCAUCCGUACAAAGAUUCAACUGUCACCAAUGUUAUGCUCUACGUCAUCGGUCUUGGUCUUCCUGUGUUUACGAUGACGCUAACGGAAUGGAUAAGGCUGCGCGACUACAAAGGUGGCCGGUCACGAACGAUCCUGGGCAGGGAGUACCCGGCGUGGCUGUGGGAGGCGUACCGGGUGAUAGGCGUGUUCCUGUUCGGCUGUGCCUGCCAGCAGCUCACCACCGAUGUGGCCAAGUAUACUAUAGGAAGGCUGAGACCGCACUUCUUUGAUGUGUGUAAGCCAGAUAUAGACUGUUCGUUGCCAGAGAACAAGUGGCGGUACAUAGAGACUUUCGAAUGUCUGGGAGUGGACAAGAAACUUCUGAAGGAGAUGAGACUAUCGUUCCCAAGCGGACAUUCAUCCUUCUCCGCUUACACCAUGCUGUACUUCUCCAUGUACCUCCAGAAACGCUUCACCUGGCGCGGCUCGAAGCUGCUGAAACACGGCGUGCAGUUCGUUCUGAUGCUGUUCGCGUGGUACACCGUGAUGACCAGGGUGUCGGACUACAAGCACCACUGGAGCGAUGUCCUCGCCGGGUUCAGUAUAGGAACGCUGUUUGCGAUCGUUAUUUUCGCAUUCGUCUCGAACCUUCGCAAGACCCCUCGCUCUCGCAUGCUGAGCCAUGAGGCCGAGCUCCACGCGACCAACGGCAACACCAGACCCAGGGUGCAAGUCUGACGCUCGUCCUCUGCCAGCUCCGACGGCGACGAAGAACCAUGAUACCAACCCCACGUGUCGUGGAUCUCCCACGAGUACGUAGACAUUGUGAGGACUUCGAACAUAGUGAGUGAUGAAUGAAGUGAUAUGGACAAUAUAAGUGUUAACAAAAAUAUAAGUGAAAACUUGCACAAGUUAUCUUGCCGGCAAGACGACUUCUACAACUUUGAAGACUUGCGGCAAGUCGCAUGUUUAUACAUUUGAAAUAUUGUAGCUAGUUUAAACGCAUCUUGCUUGCGUAAAUUUGUUGCUUUGAAUAUGUUGUAAAAUAUUCGCAAAUGUAUCCGUAAAGCAGGUACUGCGUAAACACGAAGUACAUGCACAGAUUACAAAACAAUACUACGUAGUAAGUGUAUGAUUAUUGUAAUACGUCGCACGGAUUCAUUUCGCGGUGCCGUUUAGUCCUUACUAAUAAACGUUGGUAAUCAGGUAUGUCCAGAGGCGGCCUUAGGAGGAGACGAACCGGGGAACGUGGGACCUCGUGCAUACAGGGGCCUCGCGCGUUGCCUUGGAGGACAUUUAUUUAAGAUCUUACCGACAAAACUGUUAAAGCCGGGAAAUAAAAGACAAAUUAGUGUUCCCUGAGACUCGCUGACGUCCACCGCUCGGUGUGUUAAAACGCGUACCACUCAGCAGUGAUACGCGUUUUAAGACAGACAGGAUCAGCUCCUAACUUACAGGAGUUGUAGUGGUGGGUAGUGAGGGCGGGAAAGUCUUCCAAAAAGAAGCCGAGGAACAUUGUUUUUGCUUUUGCCUGGGGCCUCCACUGGUUGUGUCUAAAAAUUUCAAAGUCUAACGAAACUGAUAUAAAUGUAUAUUGUUAAGGUUUUUUACCAUUAAAUUAGUUUAAAAAACACUGUUCAAAACGAUCAUAUCUACUUAAGUUGUUUCUAAAACAUUAUGUGUGCGUCUAAAACUUAACUGAGAAGAAACUACUAAUAAUAUUUAACUUUUGACUGGAUUCGCACCUGGAUUUAAGUAUAAUGCGGGGUGCAGACUGAAGGCUAAGGUAAAUCAUCUUAUCUUAGCUCACAUAGGCUAGAUAUUUUUCAUAAUUGUGUGCAAACAGCAAACUAUAAACUGGUUAUCAGUGGCGAAGGAUCCAUGUAACCCGAUUCCUGCCGACUUCCGUUUCCUAACCUAUUUAAACUAGCUUUUGCUCGCGGCUUCGUCCGCGUAAAGGAGUUUUCCGAGAUAAAAGUCCCGAUAUAUAUUUUAUAUAUAAAGUAACCUAUAACCUUCCCAAGGUCUUAGACUAUCUCCAUACCAAAUUUCAUAAAAUCCAUUCAGUAGAUUUUGAGAAAAUCUAUAACAUACAGACAGACAGAAAAGGAGACAUUGUUUUAUAAUAUGUAUAGAUAGAUCUAUUAUCAUUGGAACGAUAAGCUUUCCAUAUUUAUGCAUAUCAGUAGUACCUAUAUGUUGUGUCAAAUUCGCUUUCGAAAAAUGUCGCCCUUCGCCACUGCCGGCUAUGUUUUUCUUAGCUAUGCGAGCUAAGCUGAUCUAACUGAGCUUAGUUUUCGGUUCGAAACCGGCAUAAUAGUGUUAGACGUAGAGCAGCUAAGAAUUAGUUUUAAUAUGCUACGUUAAAUAUAUGUACAAAUACAAUAUAUAUAGAUCGUUCCACAUUAGGUUUUCUGAUUGUGCGAUGUGAUAGAAAAUAAUCGAUAUAAGAUCUUAUCUAGAAAGUUCGUUGCUUUAUUUUCUAGAUUGAACAACGUUCGUUGAUUCGAUGGUCACCUCAUCUAUAAUUUACCAAAGUAAUUCGGUUUCCUUCGUGUUAAACGACUUAUAAGAACUGCAAACUAUAACUAUUAUAAAUUUUAGUUCGGUUUUUAUCACCACACUAAAAUAGUUUUUGAUACCCACAAAGAAUCCCACUGUGAUCUCGACAGGAAUUUUGGGAUGCACAACUAAUUAUUAACUCUGACUUAACUUUUGUGGAUCCAAAUUGAUUCUUAAUUUUUGAUAUUCAUAUGGCUUCUUACUGUAGUGUAUAUAUUUCAUAGUUUUGUAGCAAAAAUAUGAGCUAUAUUACAAGCUAAUAACUGGACCUCGCUAAACCACUUUCAUGUUAUUAGAGAAUUGUGUAAUUUGUAUUACGAUGUAUGGUGUCAGGGCUGAAUUUAUGAUAAGAAGGGACCUUUGGGCCCCAAAUACCGCUUGAAAGGUCGAUCAAUCAGUAAUUGACAACAUAAAAGUAUACAUAAAACAAAAUCGUAGGUUUUCCGUGUUUGAAUAUUUAAUAUUUUUGGAAUAAAUACUUGGAAGCCGCGAGGUACAGGUUAUACUUAUAAAAACCAAGGCCAAGUAAAAUAAGUGACUGUAGACUACACCGAUUUACGCACGGGAAUAAUUAAAUGUAAACAAAGACUACCUUAUUUUCCAAUACGUCUUUUGUAAAGAUCGGCAUGAUUUUGUCGACUGUCGAAGGUUAUGGGAAAGAUAUUUCCACUCCAUUCCCACUCCUGCAUGUAGGAAUACUUGAAAUUUUAGUUACUGCUUCAUUUCUUACCGAAUAUUAAAUCUGUUUUCACAGAGGAAUUUCUUUUUUGUACUAAUUUCUAUUACUUACAUAUUAAAAAAAAUCACAAAAUCAAACAUAGUUAAAUCAUGCCUUACUUCGGCCCUGUAUAAAAUUAAUA